AUGCCCAUCGCAUUGACCGUCAAGAAGAUCGAUGGAAAGCCAGGAAAGGUUUACUACCCCCUCCAGCUCAAGGAAGUACCCAAGCCGUCCCCUGGCCCAAAGGAAGUCCUCAUCCGCCUCAAUGCCGCAGCUCUGAACCACCGCGACCUUUUCGUCCGCCAGCAGCUUUACCCCGGUAUCUCAUUCGAGAACCCACUGCUCGCGGACGGCCACGGGACGGUAAUCCAGUCCGGGCCGCAAUGUGUGCGCAACCUCCAGGACAAGGACGUCCUCCUGUUCCCAGCGCGGGGCUGGGACGCUCAUCCCGACGGACCCGAGGACUCCAAGAAGUACAGCGUAAUUGGCGGGACUGCCAUGUAUGACGCGGGCACUGCACAAGAGUACAUAGUCUGCAACGAGGAAGACGUCGAGGUCGCGCCGUCGCACCUGUCUCCAGUCGAGGGCGCAGCGCUGCCGCUCGUGGGCCUGACGGGCUGGAGAGCGCUGGUGACCAAGACCGGAGAAAACGCGAGCCGUGGCCGCAACAUCCUGAUCACUGGUAUUGGCGGGGGCGUUGCUCUACAAGUGUUGCAGUUCGCCGUCGCGCUCGGGUGCAAUGCAUGGGUCACAAGUGGCGACAAGGCCAAAAUCGACAAGGCCGUCAAGCUGGGCGCCAAGGGCGGUGUGUCGUAUCGAGACAAGGACUGGGAGAAGCAGCUGCAGAAACUCCUGCCAAAGGAGAGGCCUUUCUUGGAUGCCGUCAUCGACGGGGCUGGCGGAGACAUCGUUUUGAGGACGGCCAGGCUGCUCAAGCCGGGAGGUAUCGUUUCUCAGUACGGGAUGACCACCGGCCCGACCAUGCCGUGGGUCAUGCAAGCCGUCAUGAAGAACAUCGAGUUGAGAGGCAGCACGAUGGGCUCGAGAGAGGAGUUCCGAGCCAUGGUCGCGUUUGUCAGGGAACGGCCGCUCCUGAAACCAGUCAUAAGCCGGGUGGCCAAAGGCUUGAAGAACCUGGACGGAAUCGACGAGCUCUUUGCCGACAUGAAGGACGGCAAGCAGUUUGGCAAGUUGGUUAUCGACAUCUCCUCGGGGGCCGCGCCGAGCUCCAAGUUGUAG